AUGUUAUUUGGUUCGACAACUGAAUGCAGUAUUCGUAUAGGUGGUAAACAAUUUACAUCAAAAUUUUAUAAAAUGAUAACAUGUCGUUUUGUUGAAAAUCUUGCAAAUAUAUAUCCCUAUCUAUUAAAAUAUUCUCAUGACAUAACCGCGCUUGAAAUAACAGAUUCGACUAUUAAAAAUUGGAAUAUAAAUCAACAUGCAAAAGUAUUUCGUAAAUUUGAAUUUUUAAUAUUUCAUCGAACAACGAUUAUUAGUAAAAGCGUAUGUCCAUUUGAUUCUCUAGCGUCGAAUUUGUUUUAUUUACAUUUUACACAUUUUUCACCGAGUUUAGAAAAGUUUUUUUCUAAUCAAUCAUGUUCAAUUAUGAAACGUUUACGUGUUCUUAUACUUGAUCAUGCUGAUUUAGGCAAUGAAAAUCUUUUAGCAGAUAAAUUUCCAAAUUUACAUAUCUUACGAUUAAAUUUUUCUUCCUUCGAUAAUCCAUUGAACUAUUCUUAUGUUCGUUCGUUUCCGUACUUACAAGAUUUUUUCUUAAAAGUUAAUGAUGAUUGCCAUCGAUGUGAAUAUGAAUGGCUAAAAUAUGCAGCACGAGAUGGGAAUUACGUGUUUUUUCGAAUUAGUCCCAAUUCAGGCUGUAUGGAUUGGAAUAGAGGCGGCAGUUUUCUUAAAUGGCAGCAUGCACCACUCUGCGGUAUCUGUUCAUUACCAUUAAUCAUUGAUAAAAUGCAAACAAAUGGCAUGUGUAAAAUUGAAGAUGGAAUAACAGAGCACUACUGUAAAGCUUAUUAUGGACGACAAAGUAUAUUUCAACCUUGGACAAAUAUAUUUGAAAAGAAAACUACACAAAACUUGCCAUUACCUCCGACGAUGAGGCCAAGAAAAGAAUUUAUGAAACCAAAAUAUACAAAAUCGAUUAUUAAACAACAUAAAAGAGACAUAACUAGUAGUGUACCAACGACUACUCGAUCAAUGAUCAUGAAUAAUGACUCAAACAUAAUUUCUCCGCCGCCUAUAACGAAUACAACAACAUCUCAAACAUCAACAAUAUCACUUUGGCAAUCUCGUAUUGUUGUAACACGUAAACCAACUGAUUUAUUCAAUCGAUCCUAUUGCAAUCCUAUCAAUACUAGUUUAUAUCAACCGAAAGUCCGCUCGAAUCUUCCACCAUUGACCGAACAAUUAUAUAAUCUUUCUCAACAAUAUGCACCGAAUUGCUCAAAUAUUCAAUGUAAUAUUAUUCAUUCCGAUUAUCUCGGUCCACUGUGUUUAAAAACAGGUAUAACAUAUGCGAAUAUGUGCGAAGUACUACUCGCAUUGUGCACGAAACAGCUUGAUCCUUACAAUCUACGAAUUGAUUAUUUCGGUUCGUGUGUAACAAAUUGUUCAUUAGUAUCACGUUGCUACUCGAAUAAUGAAAUAUGCAUCAUGACUCCUAAGCCUCAUUGCAUACUUCGCCAAAGAAACUGUACUGGUUUUUCGCCUGUAUGCGAUACAUAUGGUAAAACAUUUGUUAAUCGAUGUCAUUUAUCGGAUUCUCUAGUAUUUAAUCAGCCAAGACAAAUAGCGUAUCGUGGACCAUGCCGAUUAAAUCGACAGUGUACGAAAGAUUUAUGUCAGCCGAAUGAAAUAUGUGUACAAACAAUCGAUAAAUAUCAUCAUCCUGUUUGUAUGAAUUGUAAUUCAAAUAAACCGUUGAAAUUAUGUCCAUUUGAAUUAUUUUGUGGCAAUAAUAAAAGACAAUAUAUUAAUCGUUGUCAAUUACAUUAUGAACGUUGUCAAACGAAAACAUAUAUUCAAAUUGAAUACUAUGGUCUUUGCCGUACUCAAGAGCUCGAUGAUGAAUAUGACAAUGGAAAUUAA